AUGAUGCCGGAACGGUGUGAUUGUUUAUAUGAGAACCGACUUUCAUUUUCUUCCGUCGACGCGAUGUUAUUGGAUGGGACAUGUACGAUAUGUGGUACACAAAUUGCCGACAACGCUCGUGUUUUAUUUACUGUGAAUGAAGUUUUGAAUAUAGUAUUUGUUCUAAGCGACGUGCUAUUGAUCCUCAUUUAUCUUGUUAAGUCCAUUCAUCACAAAGUAAUAAAGUUUUACACGGUGCGCGAGAUGACUUUGCGUAUUAAUAAUUUAUCUAAAGACAAAGAUAAAGGGGAUUUGGGUGACAGUCCCGUCAUUUCGGGCAGACCUUCGCAAGUUCCGUUGAUUGGGGAACAACCCGAGUCUUUGGAUGACCCGACACCCCGUAACAGUCAUGGCGUUCUUUUAAAAGAAAAUCAUGGGAGAUAUUCUUUAACAUUUGAUAAAACUGAAAAUGUCGAGCCAGAAAAAUCUCUUGACGAAUACAAAGAAAAGCAACAGCAUAACUUGGCAAUCUCAAGUGUCGUUAAAACUCAACGACCUGUUGUGCCCAUCACUAUUAAAAAAAACUAA